AUGUCCACAGGCUCGUAUGAUGAGGCAUCAAAUUUGGUCAAAGAUCCUACCUCCCCCUUGUCAUUGGCAGAAGUAGAUGACGUGUUCGAUAAACUUGGAGAGGCUGAAGGUGCCACUGCUGCCGACACAGAAGAUGCACACAAUAAACCCACUGCUGCUUCUGGAAAAGGGCCCAAAGUAACAUCAAAGCACGGUAUUUUCAAAAAGCCCAAAUCUUCAAAAGGUUUAGGGUUCUUAAUCAAAGCUCGGGAAGGUGCCAAGAAGAGCAAGUCUCCACUUGCAGGCAAAUCCAAGGGUAAGAAGCACAAGGAUCUAGAUGAUGAUGACUUUCUUGAUGAGCUCGGGGCCGGUGGUGAAGGAGAGGGGGAAGUUGAUGAGAAUGUCAAGGCCAAGUCUGAGCACUGGCAGAUGUUCCAACAGAUGCAGGAGAGGAUCAAACUGAACGUGCUGAAGACACAAAGUAACAUCGGGAAACUUGCGUCUGGCCACAUUUCUCCCUCGGGGAGAAUCUCUCCUGCCAAAGACAGAGAUGAUGAUGUGAACAGUAGCAUUCGGUUUGCAAAUCUCAACGAGCAGGACAGUGUGAAUUCAGAUCAAGGAACGGAUAACACCUUAAACGCAUUCGGUGAAGAAGAUUCCAAUAACAUUAACAAUUACUACGACAGCUCAGAUCUAGCAAACCUCAUUUCUCUUCCACAUUUCACUGUGUCCUCGCCAUCAGCAUUCACCACUUCUUUGGGAGCAGAUACCAGCUUCAGCAUGGAGCAAGAUGCCCUGCAGGAGGCUCUAGGUCAGGAGAGAGCUUCCAACACACCACCAGCGACCUUGGUGGAUGAGUUUGACCUACUUGGUCUCAGUGUCAACCCUGUCACUACUGCCCCAGUCAGUAAGGUCUCCCAGCAGAGUUCACUGAAUGAAGAUCUCCUGGGUUUGGAUGACUUCAUGUCCCAGCCGGUGUCCCGGGACAUGUCCCAGGAGAACCUCACCACAGACUGGCUGGCUGGCUUUUCCACGGCUGAGAGCAGUGCUCAGUCUUCUCUGUGCCCAAGUCCUGUUCAGUUUGAUGUGGACAUGUUUGUCAAUCAGGGAAAGCUGGUUCCAGAGAGCACAGCAGUCUCAGACCUAGCUCGAUCUCUUGUUGAUGAUUUCUUGCAGUGGGGGGCAGGUAAUGCUGAUGAACCGCUCUCCAAGAAUCCGUUCCAGUCAGAUGAUUUUGGCUCAGAUCAUGGCCUUAAACCUAAUGCUUUUAACCCUUUUGCAACCAUUGUGGAGUCUGAUGACCCUGAUGGAGGCAGUGAUUUCAUGGGAGGCUAUAGUGAGAUAACUCCGUUGGAGAAAAUAGGUGCAGAAAAAAGAACAGACCCAUUUUGUACUGACAGUAAUCCAGUGUCUGCACAGGACUUGACUUCUGCCUUUUCUUCAGUGGAUCCUUUUGCUCCAAGUCCUGCUUUCUCUGCACCACUUGACAUCAACGCUAAUGCUGCUGUACCAAUCUCUGCUGCGCCGAUCCCUGCUGCACCAGCUCCCACUGCACCGGUUCCUCCAGCCCGGCCUGCUCAACAUCCACACAGCAGGAAAACAUCGAGGAAAUCAUCCAACCCCUUCUUGUUAACAGAUGAUGACUUUGCUGGAGGCGAGAUCACUUUUGAUGACAACUUCUUUGCCAGCCGUGGCAUCUUCCAUGCUCCAUCCAAGGAUCAGGACAGUAUCUGGGGAGUCAGCAGUACUUCUGAGUCUCAGGUAGCUUCUUCCGGAACCUUCUCAGAGCCUGCGGCAAAUCCAUUCCAGGAUGAUUUGUUCACCACAGGCAACUUUUCUCCUGCUAUCAACCAGGCAUUCGGGUUUGGUGACGAGACCUCUAAAAACCAGGCAUUCGGGUUUGGUGACGAGACCUCUAAAAACCAGGCAUUCGGGUUUGGUGGCGAGACCUCUAAAAACCAGGCAUUCGGGUUUGGCGAUGAGACUUCUAAACACCAGCCCAUCGGGUUUGGCGACGAGACCUCUAAAAACCAGACAUUCGGGUUUGGCAACGAGACCUCUAAAAACCAGACAUUCGGUUUUGGUGACGAGACCUCUAAAAACCAGACAUUUGGGUUUGGUGACGAGACCUCUAAAAACCAGACAUUUGGGUUUGGUGACGAGACCUCUAAAAACCAGACAUUUGGGUUUGGUGACGAGACCUCUAAAAACCAGACAUUUGGGUUUGGUGACGAGACCUCUAAAAACCAGACAUUUGGGUUUGGUGACGAGACCUCUACACUACAACCCAUUAACCCAUUUUUAACUGCCAGCUUUGAGAACAUAGCAUCUCAGACACAGAGCCAAUCCUUCUCAGCUGACAACCCAUUUGCUUCCAUGGUAGCAGAUACAAGUCCUGCCCUAAGUCCUGUGCACAGUGGAUCUCAGAAUGUGGGCAUGGACUCCUUGCUAGAUGCUGGGUUGGAUGUUAGUAAGGGAAGCAAGCCGUCGGCUAGUAUAGACUUGAACUUUGAUCCUCUGGCCAGGAUGUCUGAGAAAACUGAAAUCCUUGUAGAAUCACUGGUACCUGGUGGCGAUCUUUUCGGAAGCCAAGGAGACAAUUUUGGGCACUUUGACACUAAACCAGUUCCAAAUGAAGAAGACGGGCCAUCAGGUGGACUAAAGUUGACCAUCAAGAGCUUAUCACAGAUGGAGCAGAAGGAAACCUCAGGUCCUAUACCCAUGUUACCUCCACCUCCACAAAAACCACCUAAAUCCCCUCUGAUGCCUCAGAGGGAGAAUCCUUUCAACAGAGAAUCGCCACCUGAAGAGAACUUUGCCAGUUUUGCUGAAAUUGAAGAAGAGCUGAAGAAGAAGGCCGAGGCUGAGUCAGCGCCUGUGGCAGACAAGAAGGAAUAUGUUCGGUCAUUGACUUCUGAAGAUAGCAGCCCAGAAGAGGAGGGUCCUUUGGAACCUUUGGAACCUUUCCAUUUAAACCAGGGAAAAGAGUUCUGGAAACUGAUGGUCAGACAGCCAACGAAGAAAAAGCUGGCUGGAAACAGAUUCUGGAAGAUGACCAUUGUUCGUCUGGGCACCUCCAAGGAUGGUCCAGUUGUGAGACUGUUCAUGGAGGAGAAGGACACUGAACCUUUUCAGGAACUGCCUCUGCAGCCAUGCUACUCAAUCAGCGAUAUUUCUAUGCAGCAGUAUGACCAGUUCGGCAAGAUCCACACAGUCAAGAUUCAGUAUAUCUUCUACCGGGAGCGAGUCGGUAUCAGGCCUGAACGUAUCACUCCCUCAUUUGUUCGCAAACCCAAGCCCAACAUGAUCCUGGACCACGCCCCUCAGGUGUCGGAGCUGAUCAAGCUGGGCAGCCUUGACAUUGAUGAGAUCACUUCCUUCGUGUGGGCCAUGGAAGACACCCUGAUGAAGCUGGAGUGUCACCGAGACAAGACCUUGACCUACACAAAGGAUGAGGUGCAGGCCGAAGUUUGGGAUGAGUACUUUGCUGUUAUUGACAAAGACGGCCAUGUCGUUUCACAGAAGGCCAGGGUUCGGAUAUUUUUUCUGGCUUUUCUGACCGGCAUGCCUGCUUGCGAACUAGGAAUCAGUGAUCGCAGAAGGAAAGGAAAGGAAGUUGUGGGGCGACAUGAUAUUAUCCCAGUCCGAACGGAAGAUUGGAUUCGCAUUGAGGAUCCUGAGUUCCACCAUGUUGUGGAUUUAGAUACAUAUAAUAGAACCCACAACAUCCGCUUUCAUCCGCUGGAUGCUUGCCAGUUUGAACUUGUGCGGUUCCGGGUCCGACCCAAGGCCAAUCGGGAGCUACCUCUGCAGCUGAGGGUCACGCAGUUGAUGAAAGGUCGACAUUUUGAGGUCAGGGUCGACCUGCUGGUGACAGGGUACCACGCCUUCAGUAAAAAAUGUGGCCAGUUUCCCUGCGAGGACAUUGAGGUAAGAAUCAAAGUUCCAGAAGUGUGGAUUUACUACUUCCGCUACGAGAAGAGGUUCGGCUACGGCUCCCUGAAAGCCAUGGCUAGGAAGCCGGGACGGAUCAAGGGGCUGGAGAGAAUCAGCGUGAUGGCUCAGGGGCUUCUGACCCCAGCCCUGAUGGAGGCUUCGGUUGGCUCAGCCAAGUAUGAGCAUCUGUACAGAUCUGUUGUGUGGAGGAUACCUCGACUGCCUGAACGUAACCAUGGUGCAUACAAGAACCACCUGUUUGUCCUACACCUAGCCUUGGGACAACAUGAUGAGAUUCCAGACCAGCUGGAGCAGUGGGCCGAUGUCUCCUUCACCAUGCCAGCCUCAACAGUCUCCAAGGCUCAGGUUCGAUCCAUCAGCGUGGAAAACCCAGACCCCCCGGAGAAGUGGGUGCGAUACAUCGCCAAGUACCAGUACAAAGUAGAGAUAGACAACCAAGUGGAGACGGAAUCAGAUAAGGAUGCCAGCGACUAG